UUGAGUAAACAGCAAAUAGGUACUUUUGUUUUAUUUAAUGUAAUAUUCAUAUUACUUGAUAUUAUUGAGCAGUGAUACAAGGCAACCUUUACACUCCUCGUUGGAACAGCUAUGGAACUGUCAGAAUCAAAUGAACCCACAACAAUAAUGGAACCAGACAAAGAAAAUACAGUACCAGAAGAAAUAUUUUUGGGUGCUGAUGGAACUAGAGAAGUGACUGUAGGACAAACUGGAAAGAGGUUUAAGUUGCUGAGCCCUGCAAAUACAUAUGCAGCUAAAAAAACAGUAGCACAAGGCAUGAUGGAUAUUGCACUUAUCACAGCCAAUGCCAACCAGCUGCGUUAUAUAUUAGAGUUUGGUGAUCGUAACACAGUAUUCUAUAUCACUACUAUGCUCAUAGUAACAAGCAUACUGCUGCAGGUGGCAGUCGGGGUGUGCCUCAUAUUCAAAGGACGGUUUGAUAUGGCUGGUGAUGCAAAGCAAUACCAGGCCAACAGACUCAACAAUUAUGUUGUUAUGGGUGUCUUCCUGGUCACCAUCAUCAAUGUAUUUGUCGCUACAUUUACCAUCAGUCCAAAACAAGGAUCUGGAUCAUCAUAAUGAAGGUCAUAUCAUUUUCAUCAUAUUUUCCUCAUUCAUAGCACAAAGUACUGAGAUUAUAGUUUCCUGUAACUGUAACAAAAUUAUCCAGACAUCAACACUUCUUCCACAGCAAUGGAAAUAGGGUGAUAUAUAAGAGUACAACAUAUUCAUUAUUUAAGUCAUAUGAACUACAGUAUCCACAGCUGACACCCAAACUAAAAGAAAUUCUUCAAAUGCAUCCAAGAGUGUGAUUCUAAUUAGUUUCCUAUGAGACAGAUGCUAAAAUCAAAUGAAAAUGUGAAGUUCAGUCUCCUAGGUUGACACGAUGUAGGCUGGCAGAUAGUUACCAUGUGCUAGAGAAAUAUGCUGCUUCCAUCUUCUAUCCUGAAGAUGGAGGCAGUAGGUUCCGCUUAAAUAUUUAAGAGGAACCUGUAUUAAUAACCAUGACUACAAGUUCCAAAAGACUGCAAGAUAUGACUAAAAACAAACUCUGUGGCCUGUAAUCCACAAGCGAACUAUACAGACCGAGCGACUGCCAGUUGUCAGCGAAGUU